CCUGUGUUUACAUCUUCUCAGCUGUGUCUCUCUGCUCCCACUUCGACACAACGGCUCGCGCGCACCAACUUACUUCAGCCCCUCUCUUCUUCUCGCACGGACCAGCUAACUAAACUAAACUAGUUACAGCAGUUUGGCCUCUCAGAAACGGGGGAAAGGGGAGGCCGCGUGAAGGUCUGCGAGGCGACUAUCCGUCGCGUUGCACGGAGCACCGAGUUCCGAGAGGAGCGAGUUAACGCGACACACCGUCACUUGCCGCCUGGACGAUGACCGCGGUCUGAGCCGACGCUCCAGGAGUUCCCAGCGGUCGGCGUUCAGGUCAGACGCUCCCCCCCCCCCCCCCCCCCAUGCCACUCUGAGGAGGGGUACGAGUUCGGGCUCCUUGUGUUUCUCAUCUCUUUCCCCGCCACCAUGGGCGGAGCCGUGAGCGCCGGGGAGGACAACGACGACCUCAUCGAUAACCUGAAGGAGGCCCAGUAUAUUCGCACGGAGAAAGUGGAGCAGGCCUUUCGGGCCAUCGACCGCGGCGACUACUACCUGGACGGCUACCGGGACAGUGCCUACAAAGACCUGGCGUGGAAGCACGGCAACAUCCACCUGUCGGCCCCGUGCAUAUACUCGGAGGUGAUGGAGGCCCUCAAGCUGCAGCCCGGGCUUUCCUUCCUCAACCUGGGCAGUGGGACCGGCUACCUGAGCACAAUGGUCGGCCUUAUCGUAGGGCCGUUUGGUGUGAACCAUGGGGUUGAGCUCCAUAAGGACGUGGUGGAAUAUGCCCGAGAGAAGCUGGAUGAUUUCAUAAAGAACAGUGACAGCUUUGAUAAGUUUGAGUUCUGUGAACCCGUCUUCGUGGUGGGGAAUUGCCUCGAAAUCUCUCCAGACAGCCACCAGUACGAUCGCAUCUACUGCGGCGCCGGAGUGCAGAAAGACCACGAAAAUUACAUGAAAGUACUGCUCAAAAUUGGAGGCAUUCUGGUGAUGCCUAUAGAAGAUCAGCUGACCCAGAUCACCAGGACCGGCCAGUGCACAUGGGACAGCAAGAACAUCUUGGCCGUGUCCUUCGCCCCGCUGGCCCAGCCGAGCGUGGCCGACGGAGAGAAUCCCGACGCCGUCCAGCUGCCCCAGUUGGCCGUCCGCGGCCUUCAGGAUCUCUCUCGCGUCUACAUCCGCCGCACUCUGAGGAACCUGACCGCCGCCAUCGCCGGCGGCGCCGUCGUCGUCGUCGUCGAUGACGGCGGCCAGGCGAAGGGCGCCGUGCAACGGCUCCCCCAGAAGCGCAAGCGCAGGCGUUGCCGCCGGCGACGCAUCAACACCUACGUCUUCGUGGGCAAUCAGCUGAUCCCCCAGAUGGUGGAGAGCGAGGAGGAGGAGCAGCAGCUCUCCGAGAAGGAGGAGCACGUGGAGGUGGAGGAGGCGGAGGACAGAGACAUCGGCGACAUCGAGGUCCUCAAGCAGGUGAACGUGUUGCGGGAGCAGAUCACGACGCUGCCGCUGCCCGAGUCCCUGAAGGCCUACCUGCUGUAUUACAGGGAGAAAUGACGGGUUACGUCAUCUCCUCUUCGCCCGUUUCAGUACAAAUGUAGCAUCGUGUCCAUUGAAUCGUCAUGGAGACGGCAUCGACGGCGGGCGAUAACGUGACGAUCGUCACCAUCUGUAUGAAUUUGUAUAUCCAUCCCCCCCCCCCAAAAAUCUAAACAUCUGUAAAAAACUGAGACUACGUGGACAGUUUCAGAACCACACGUUGAGAUGCUGAUUUCAUCACAAUGUCAGGAUUUCUGCAGGAAUGUGCAGAUUUAUAAAUUGUAUUUGGAAAAAAGGAAAAUAGUUCUUAUUAUAUUUGUCAGUGUGAUCAUCGCUCAGAUGGAGACUUUUUUUUUAUAGAAGCAUUAACUCACCGUCGAGGUCCGGUGGCUUAACGGAUCACCCGAAAACAGAAGCAAAGGACCCUGAACGUCUCACAAGGCCGCAUCCUCCGCCCCCUUUUUUUGUUUUUAUUUCCCGCAUAAUCAUAAAUUGGGGGCGCUUGUGUCGGCGCUCCUUCAGAUUUUGCGUUCCGGUCGACGUGUUUUUGUACCUUCCCGUUACGAGAGAUCAGCGAGAGACUUUAUGGAUUCAUGAUUUUUUUUCUUCAGGGCAUCUUUGUGAUGUAACUUUUUCUACUCUGCAUAUGAAAGCCGACAUCCUACUUGACAUGAGGAUUCCUCGCUGGCUCCGCCCCUUUCCACGGUUUCCCCCCCGUCGUUGCAGAGUUUAAUUAAUCAUAUCGGAGAUAAAACUGAGUUACGGUGGUGGUUCACUUUCAUUUGGCGAGAUGGUCGUCAAGAAUACAUGAAUUUACUGUAAAUGAGUCGGGCGUUCACUUCCUGUCUGAUGAUUGGUCACUGGAGGUGAUUUCCCAAGUGAUCACGACUGGAAAUGAUUUGAUAAAGGAAAAGAAAGGGGAGACAAAAAAAACAGAUUUAACGAAUAUGAAUCCAAUUUUUAUUUUUUUUAUUUCGUCCAACAGCCAUACAAAUCGGAAUCGCCGAGGAUUUUUUAAGCCUUUUGUAUCCUCGAGCGUGGAAGCACCUUCGAGAGAAAAGUCGCUCGUCUUGCGGACGCCGCUUGUCGUGAUGUCACAUCCUGUUCAAUCGGAGGACAACGUGCGCCACCUCACACGAGGACUUCUGUGAGUUUUACGGCACAGUAAAUUUACCCAAAACGACGGUAUAUUCCUACAAAAACAUUCCACGUUGGAAAGAAGAAGAAGAAGAAAAGAUGAACCGCACUGAUCGAUGUCACUACUCUUCUUUUUCAUCUUCUUCUGUCACAGACUUUGUUCAUCUCACUGAAUGCAUCCUUUUGGUGUUCCAAAAGCCGAGUUGAAUGCUGUUGAUAUUAAUUCUAUUCAAUAUAAAAGUGAUAUUAUAAUGUAUAUGUAUUGUUAUCAUAGGGAUCUGCACACAGUUUGAUUUGGUAAGUCGUAGCGCCCUUUGCUGUUUACUGGAUCUUGACACUGAACUCCACUGCUGUCUGUUGAAUAAGAUGUAUUCGUGCUUAUGGUAUUCAUUUUGUUCUGGUGUCAUGACAAAUAUUUUGUUUGGAAAACGGGAGUGAUUAUUCUAUUAGUAGUGUGUGGAGGGGUAAUUCAUUUCUGCUUUUUUUUUUUUUUUAUACAAAAAGUUUUGCAGGUUAAGCAAUAAUGGAAUCAUUUCUCAUUUCUCAUCUUAACAUGGCCGAUAACUCCACCGUCCCAUUUGAUCCUCAUGACCAUUGACUUGGCACGCAACGGUUUAAAUACCAAUUUUCUUAAACAUACUUCGAAUCAGAGAGCAAGUUUUUGAAAGCGGGGAGGGGGCGUGACCUCGACUCUCAGGUCACGCCUUGCACCAAAGUAAAAUGGGACCGCCGGGAAUGUGGACGAGAUAUGACUGCAACAAUUUUUUUUAAACACGCCAUAACCAAUUCUGUCCCUUUUUAUAAGAAGUUAAUUUGGUCCGAGCACAAAACGUCGUCAGGUUCAUUUAAAAAAAACUAAUUGUUUUCGUUUCUUCGUAAAUGUUUUGGCACAACAAAAAAUAAUAAAAAGGUCACGAUCA